AUGGCGGCUCUCUUCUGGAGGGUCAAAGGUCAAGGGAAAAAGGCUAUCGAUUGUCUGCGGCAAGCGCUCAACUAUGCCCCCCACCACAUGAAGGACGUGCCUCUCAUCAGCCUCGCCAACAUCUUCCAGAAUGCACGUCUGUGGGAGGACGCCCUGACAGUGGCGCGCAUGGCAGUGGAGAUCGCCCCGCACUUCGUUGUCAACCACUUCACCCUCGCCAACGUCUACAUCGCCAUGGAGGAGUUCGAGAAGGCCAUGCGCUGGUACGAGUCCACGCUAAAGCUGCAGCCUGAGUUUGCACCCGCCAAAGACCGCCUCCGGACCAUCCAGUGCUACCUGCUCACCAAGAGGGACCGUCGGCAGCCCUGA